AACACUAAAUCUAACAUUUACACCUGAUCCUUUAUUUAUUGGUGCGGAUUAUUUAAUUGAUGGGAAUGUGACUACAUUUUCUAACAUUACUGAAGGUGAUAGAUUCGUUUAUGAAACUUCCAUUGAUCUAGAUAUUAUUUGCAAUGGUUUUGCUCCUAUUUGUUCAGGAAUUGAAUGCCCAACAUUAGAAUAUGACAUUCCAUUCCUUGGAAGUAGAUUAAAGGACCCCGGCUUUCUACCUUUUUCGCUCAUCGUUGAGUUGAAAAUUGAAUCAAAUGGAACAAUAAAAGCUUGUAAUCGGAUUUCUCAAGAUGUUCACAGCUAA